GCGAGCUUAAAUGCCAUACCAUCCACAGGACAUUAUUUCACCAUCAACACGAUCGUCGUCUCGCCAACAUCAGUCGGAUCCGUGAGACUCAACACUUCCGACCCCUUCACCUUCCCGCUCAUUGACCCUGCCUUCCUGACGACCGAAUUCGAUGCCUUUGCCAUGGUCUCUGCGGUGCGCGCUGGUCGGCGCUACAUUGCGACAGAGCCCUGGCAUGGCUUCAUUGUCGAGCCAUACGGCAAAGUUAGCACUGCAACGGCGGACGAGGAGAUAAUUGCUGCCAUGCGCGAGAAUAUCGUCACUAUCUGGCACCCGACGCGUACGGCACGGAUGGCACCCGCCGACGCUCACUGGGGUGUCGUGGAUCCGCAACUCCGGGUGAAGGGCGUACAUGGUCUGAGAGUGGUGGAUGCGUCUGUCAUACCUGUAAUUCCUGCCGGCCAUCCGAUCGCAGCCAUCUACAUCUUGGCUGAGCGUGCUGCAGAUUUAAUAAAGGACUCCUGGGCGUGAACCGUGGCUGUGUAAUAAAUGGAACUGAAUUAUCUGUCGCUAUUACAAAGUGCAACGGAGUGGUUUUCGUGUGGACUGCGUACUAGUCCUACAGCCCCUGCGCAAGAUUAUUUGUGGCCACUUUCAAAACGG